GUAUAAUUUCUUUACAUUCACGAGUGUCGCAAUAUUGCAUCUUUCAUUCUGGCUAGGAUUCAAUAUAAAUGGCCCUGGCUUGAGCUGUAGGGGACAGAACCUAACGAAGGGUCGAACACUAAGUUCAUCAGAAUUAACUGCUUAAGAUUAACAAUGAAAUUACUAGUCAUAUUCAUGGUAAUGGUGGUAGCGGUGUAUGGUAAACCAGGACACACAUACACUGACAAAUGGGACCACAUAAACGUCGACGAGAUACUGGAAUCUCAGCGGCUUCUUAGAGGAUACGUAGACUGUCUUCUUGACAAAGGUCGGUGCACUCCAGACGGUAAAGCAUUGAAGGAAACCAUUCCCGAUGCUUUGGAAUUCGAGUGUAGCAAAUGUACAGAAAAACAAAAGGCUGGCGCGGAUAAAGUUGUACGAUUUCUGGUGAAUAAACGUCCUGAACUAUGGAAUGAACUAAAAAGUAGAUACGAUCCUGAAAGCAUCUACGAAAAAAGAUAUAAGGAUACACUAGAAUCAUUAAAAAAGGAAUAAAUAAGAACAAAUAAUACAUUAGAAAUAGUACUCAGGGAAAUGCAAUAUUGUGCAAAAUGACGAAAUUUUUAAGUGGUGCAAUAAAGAGCAAAUAAAUAAAAACGUAGUGAAUAUCAGAAAAUAUACUUUCCAUGUCUUUUAAUUUUUUCCUACAGGUAUAUUAUGUUGUUUGUAUCGACAAAUGUUAGUUUCUUUUGUUUAAUUCCAUUACGUUAACUAUAAUGAAAUGUAAAUAUAAAAUGAUUAUUAAUUUACAUAUAAAAUAAUACAUUAUUGAAGUAAAACGAUGUUUUUGAUAAUAAAAUAAUCUUGCUCCUAAAUAUUAGACGCUACUCCCUUACAUCGUAAUUCAUAAAGAUCAGAGGGCCUACCAUGAAAUAUUUUCCGAAAUUUCGGGCACGAACGAAAUAGAAAUUUGAUGUUAAAAUUAC